AAGGGCUAGACUAAAUCCGAAUGCCCUGCUUGCCUGCUCAGCCACCCACCCAAUCCACGAUGCUGCCUGUUCUCAUGCAUGGCCAUGCAACAAGGACCCGUUAUACGGCGCGGGGUCAUCCAAAACCAGCCCUGAAUCGUGCCAGCAACAACGCGAUGAGAAGCCUCAGAGCCAGAGUCGACAAAACUCAAGCUCGCCAAAAUGCAGGCGCUGGGCCGUGAGGGUCGUCUCGAUGUCGCCGCCGCCAUCCAGCAGUGGCAGUUGCACGCCCAGGCCAUCCACCAUGACCGCAGCGUCACGGCCAGGCUCUGCGACGGCACCCUCGGCCUCUUUCAAGAAGUCAUCCGCCAAGUCGCCCUGCAACAGCCGUCCGCUCAAAUCCCGAGGCGGGUCUGCAAGAGCCUCGAGCGCGCCUACGGCAUCGUCGCACUGUGGUCGGACGGAUACGGCGUCAAGGACGGCCAUCUCGAUGACGUGCUCGCCAAGUCGCGCAAGAUACGGCAGGCGACCUUGAAGAUUAUCUCCAGCAUCACCGACGCCCUCGUGAAGAGGCUCAUACCGCUUGCCCGCCUCUCGUCCGAGAAACUCGACGCCUUGGUUCUGCAGGUCGAGGCAACCACUGACGAGGCGUCGUACGUCAUCCACGGCGCAGACGGCUCCGACUCGGAUGUCUCCAGCGAUGCCCUGUCGGACUUGGAGCUCGAGGACAGCAUCGCCGAGGUCGCCGAGGAUCUCAAGACAGACGCGCAGUGUCUGAUGGACCUCGACCCCCUGUUCCGGAACCCGGUUCUCGACGUGUCCUCUCGGAGAGAAGACGAGGCCCUGCAGAUCCUCGAGUGGGCGCCCGAAAAGGCCUACGUCGACAAAAUCCAACAGCGCUUCCCCCAGGCCGAUGGCUCGCUCGUCGAAAUGCUGGGCAGGGCCAACUGGUCCCGCUAUCUCCGGUGCCAAGAGCAACGCAACGGGGCUAGGGGAGAGGGAGAAGGGGACGAAGAAGAGGUGAUUCAAAACCGCGCACCUACCGCCGUCGGCGCCAACGUGGAGCUGCACGGCACCAUUGUCAGCUCCAAGUACCACGACUCGGGGCUGGGCACGUCACUCCCGACGGCAUCCGUGUACGCCGAGACGGUCAUGACGUACAGCGGGCCGGGCGAGGGCCAGAAGAUCCGCAUCCCGCCGCUGCCCGACGAGGCGCGGCGCGGCAAGCCGUUCGCGUGCGUGGCGUGCGGCAAGACGGUGCACAUCUCCAACAACCGCAAGUGGAAGCAGCACCUGUACGUCGACCUGCGGCCCUACCUGUGCCUCGAGGACGGCUGCCCGGGCUUCAGCUUCGCCCACCGCGCCGACUGGAUCUCCCACCUCGCCCUCGACCACCAGUACGAGCCCGACUGGGUCGCCAUCACCUGCCCCCUGUGCCUCGAGCGCACCGAGCCCGGCAGGCUCGCCGUCACCAGCCAUCUUGCUCGCCACCUCGAGGAGAUCUCGCUCUCGGCUCUGCCGCCGAGCCCCGACGACGACGAGGUCUCGGUCUCGUCAAAGACCAUCUCAGAAUCCGCCGACGAGGAAAUAGUAACCGAUCAUAGCAACCGCAACCGUAACCACAAAUGCGUUUGCGAAGGGACUCCUCCGUUUCCGGAGGAAUAUUUCUCGUCUGUCGCCUGCGGGACCUGCAACACCUGGCAGCAUGUCGGCUGCUACUACAAAUUCGGAAACUGGACAGCGGUUGAGGAGCCGGGGUUUAGUCACUUUUGCGUCGAAUGCAAGCCGCGGGAGCUUGAACUCAAGUAUACAAGACGUUCGUCGGACCCCAAGGCCAUGGAAAAGAAAGUCCGAUGUGUGUGUGGCCUUGAAAAGCCCCCUCCUGGUCUUUACAGGACUGUCGAGUUAGGGCACAGCGAGCGGAACAUCGAGUGCAGCAGAUGCUUUGUAUGGCAGCAUGGCUACUGCGUCGGGUUGAUCGGCAUUGUCGAAAAGUUGAUGCGUGGGACACCGUAUUUUUGCGACGAGUGUGCGCCGUUCUUGCACGACAUCCACCAGCAUGCGACUGAACGGAAACAAUCCUCAUAUUUGCCUUUUGAAUUGGUUAAAUAUCGUGGUCGAAUACGGCCCGAAUCCCCGGAACCGCCGAAUUUCCCAUAUCCAGACUUGGAAGCAGGAGCAAACCCUCCAAGUGCCGCAGACACAAAAAACCUCCCGAGCCCCGGCAAGCCGGAGUCAAAGAAGCCCCAAGUCUGCCUCGGCUGCGACGCCAGCUUCGCAACCAAAGACGAGCUAGCGAGACACGUCGACGAGUGCACGCGGGCCGGCAAGAGAUCAGCUGUCGGGGACACCACUGCGGACCCGACCGAGUCUCAGAAAACACAAUAUUAUUACAACAAAGAAGUGCUGAACCAUCUCGCGAAAGCGAGGGAGGCCAAUCAACAUCUCAUGGGGGAGAACAAGCGGCUGCAAGACGAGCUUCAGCGCGCUAGCAGCCUGGGGACGAGCAAAGAAGACAAGGAUACAGUGCAACGGCUGAUCCAGGCGCAGGAGGCCAACAUGCAGAAGUUGCAGAGGCUAAGGCAACUCUUUAAGAGACCAUCCAGGCAGCAGCAGCAGCAGCAGCAGGAGGAGGAGGCAGACCCCGAUCAGCUCGCCGCCGAAGCCUACGACGAAGCCGCGUACCGGGACCACGUUGCAGAAGAAGACGCUAUGCUGCACGACGACGAGCCGGCCGACCUGUUCGCUGACGAGGAGGCCAUGCGCCAGGAGGAAGAGGACAAGAGGCGCCAAGACGAAGAGGACGCCAUGCGCGACGCAGAGGACGCCAUGCGCGAGCAAGAGUACGGCAUGGACGACGAGGUUCUCGGGCUCGACCAGCGAAGCAUCGGGUCGGACUGGACUGAGCACGGCGACCCGCGCGCCAGCGUGCAAAAGACCAAGACGGGCGGCAUCAUGAGUCCGGCGCGGGUCGGCGGGCCGUCGACGUUCCCAGAGGAGGCCAAGACGCGGCCCCCCGAUCAGAAGCGGCGCUAUUUGCAGGGCGACGAGAAGCGGGCCCGGAAACCCAGGUGGUUGCAGCUGCAGGAGCUGUACAAGAAAGGUGGGCGAGACGAGACAAGUGCGCGAGACGAGACAAGUGCGCGAGACGAGACAAGUGCGCGAGACGAGACAAGUGCGCGAGACGAGACAAGUGCGCGAGACGAGCAAACUGCGCGAGACGAGCAGACUGCGCGAAACGACGGCAUGCGCAGAGUGUCGGAGCUGGUUCGGAAGCAGGACGUGCUGGCACAGGAGCUGGAAGUGCUGAUGCACGAGGACGAGAUGAAGAGGAAGCAGCAGCAGGCCGAGCAAGCCCAGAUAGCCGAGCUGGAGAGGCACGAGGCAGAGGCGCAACGCGCCACAGAGCAAGCGGCCCAGUGGGAGCGGGAGCGCGAGGAGGAGGAGAGGUACAGAAAGGAGGAGGAGCUCCGCCAGGACGCCGAGGAGGAGCUUCGCCAGGAGCGCGAGCGCGAGCGCGACGUCGACGAGCAGCUGCGCAGGCUCGAGGAGGAGGCAGAGGCGACCAUCUACGACGACGACACCGACGACUCAGACGGCUACGACUCGGACGAGGAGGAAGACGAAUACCUCCGCGAGGCCAGGGGCGAGGAGUGAGGCCAGGGGCGAGGCGUGAAUGCCAGCAGACCGCCACCUGACCAUGGUCCCGCCCUCGUGCGACCACGCCUCAGACGACGACGACGAGUUCUGCUACAUCCAUCCGCCGACCGGACCUGACGGAUUACGCGUGCGCCACGCAACGUGACACGGCGCUGGUCCCCGCCGUCGCGGAAUUUCUCGCCGACGACAUCCGCGAGAUUGCGCCGGCGAUUGAUAAGGGGUUGUUUAUGGAUGCCCGGGCGGGUGCG